CCGUGGCUGUGCGCCUCUGGCUCGCGCUCGCUGCUGAUUUGCGCAAAAACCUCCAGCGACGGACGCACGGACGAACGCGCGGCACUGCGGAGGGAAGCCACCGUCCGAAGCCCGCAUGGAUGUUUAAGGAGCGCCGGAUGUGUCGGUGCCGGACCCGGGUUCGAGCUGCUCCGGUUUGCAACCGAAACAAAAUGAGGAUUUCUGCCGGCGGCUGCUUCCUCGUAUUCUCGGGCUUCUGGGGACUGACGAUGGGAGCUUUCCCGAGCAGCGUCCAGAUCGGCGGUCUGUUCAUCAGAAACACUGAUCAGGAGUACACGGCCUUUCGUCUGGCGAUCUUCCUGCACAACACCAGCCCCAACGCCUCAGAAGCCCCGUUCAAUCUGGUGCCUCACGUGGACAACAUUGAGACAGCCAACAGCUUCGCAGUCACCAAUGCCUUUUGCUCACAGUACUCCCGUGGCGUCUUCGCCAUCUUUGGCCUAUAUGACAAGCGGUCCGUCCACACGUUGACGUCGUUCUGCAGCGCUCUGCACAUCUCCCUCAUCACGCCCAGCUUCCCCACAGAAGGCGAGAGCCAGUUCACCCUGCAGCUCCGGCCGUCCAUCCGGGGGGCGCUGUUGUCCCUACUGGAUCACUACGAGUGGAAUAAGUUUGUCUUCCUCUACGACACGGACCGGGGAUAUGCCAUCCUGCAGGCCAUCAUGGAGAAGGCCGGGCAGAACAACUGGCAGGUCAGCGCCAUCUGUGUGGAAAACUUCAACGAUGCCAGUUACCGGCGCCUGCUGGAGGACUUGGACCGGCGGCAGGAGAAGAAGUUUGUCAUCGACCUGGAGGCGGAGCGGCUGCAGAACAUGCUGGAACAGAUUGUCAGCGUGGGGAAGCAUGUGAAAGGCUACCAUUACAUCAUGGCCAACCUGGGUUUUAAAGACAUCAACCUGGAGCGCUUCAUGCACGGUGGAGCGAACGUGACGGGCUUCCAACUCGUCGACUUCAGCAACCCAAUGGUCAUCAAACUGAUGCAGCGCUGGAACAAGCUGGAUCAGAGGGAGUAUCCAGGCUCUGAUGCUCCGCCCAAGUACACCUCAGCGCUAACGUACGACGGGGUGAUGGUGAUGGCUGAAGCCUUCAGGAACCUUCGCAGACAGAAGGUGGACAUUUCUAGAAGGGGGAAUGCUGGCGACUGUCUGGCUAAUCCUGCUGCCCCGUGGAACCAAGGCAUUGAUAUGGAGCGCACCCUCAAACAGGUGCAUCUGCAGGGACUCACAGGUAACGUCCAGUUUGACCACUAUGGACGCAGAACCAACUACACGAUGGAUGUGUUUGAACUGAAGACAAAUGGACCCAGACGGAUUGGCUACUGGAAUGAUGCAGAUAAACUGGUCCUGAUCCAGGAUUCUCCGCUGCUUCCGAACGACACCACCGGCAUGGAGAACAGGACUGUUGUCGUGACGACCAUCAUGGAGGGUCCAUAUGUGAUGCUGAAGAAAAACUGGGAGAUGUACGAGGGCAACGACCAGUACGAAGGAUACUGCGUGGACCUGGCCUCGGAGAUCGCCAAACACAUCGGGAUCAAGUACAAGAUCUCCAUCGUUCCCGACGGAAAAUACGGCGCCAGAGACCCAGAGACGAAGAUCUGGAAUGGGAUGGUUGGGGAGCUGGUGUACGGGAAAGCGGAAAUAGCUGUGGCCCCUUUGACUAUCACGUUGGUCCGGGAGGAGGUGAUUGACUUCUCAAAGCCCUUCAUGUCAUUGGGUAUUUCCAUUAUGAUCAAGAAGCCCCAAAAAUCCAAACCAGGGGUUUUCUCCUUCCUGGACCCGUUGGCCUAUGAGAUCUGGAUGUGCAUCGUGUUUGCCUAUAUCGGCGUGAGCGUGGUGCUCUUCCUGGUCAGCCGCUUCAGCCCGUAUGAAUGGCACACCGAGGAGCCUGAAGAGGGCACCGACGGUCCGCCAAGUGACCAGCCCCCCAAUGAGUUUGGUAUCUUCAACUCGCUCUGGUUCUCUCUGGGAGCCUUCAUGCAGCAGGGCUGUGACAUCUCACCGAGAUCAUUGUCGGGUCGCAUCGUGGGAGGGGUGUGGUGGUUCUUCACGCUCAUCAUCAUCUCGUCCUACACGGCGAACCUGGCGGCCUUCCUGACCGUGGAGAGGAUGGUUUCACCCAUUGAGAGCGCCGAGGAUCUGGCCAAGCAGACCGACAUUGCUUACGGCACUUUGGACUCUGGUUCCACCAAAGAGUUCUUCAGGCGGUCCAAGAUUGCGGUCUAUGAGAAGAUGUGGGGCUACAUGAAGUCGGCUGAACCUACCGUCUUCACCAAGACCACGGCUGAGGGGGUGGCACGGGUCCGCAAGUCCAAAGGGAAAUACGCCUUCCUCUUGGAGUCCACAAUGAAUGAGUACACAGAGCAGCGAAAACCCUGCGACACAAUGAAAGUGGGAGGCAACUUGGACUCCAAAGGCUAUGGAGUAGCCACACCCAAGGGUUCACAGUUAAGAAGUGCAGUAAACCUGGCCGUGUUAAAACUCAAUGAGCAGGGCCUGUUGGACAAAUUGAAAAACAAGUGGUGGUACGACAAAGGAGAGUGUGGCAGCGGAGGCGGUGGCGAGAAGGACAAGUCAUCCCAAGCCCUCAGCCUUAGCAACGUGGCUGGGGUUUUCUACAUCCUGGUGGGGGGUCUGGGUCUUGCCAUGUUGGUGGCUCUCAUCGAAUUCUGCUACAAGUCACGCAACGAGGCCAAGAGAAUGAAGCUAACAUUUACAGAAGCCAUGAGGAACAAAGCCCGUCUGUCUAUCACCGGCAGUGUCGGUGAGAACGGUCGCGUGCUGACACCCGACUGUCCCAAAGCCGUGCACGCUGGACCACCACUCCGCCAGAGCUCCGGCCUCACCCUGGUGUCCUCUGAGCUGCCGUGAAAACCAAAAACUUCUCAAGUGCCUUAAUCCAAACAAACAAAAACCACACCGCCCACAAAACUACCAGAACCAGGAUUCACGCACCCGGCGGCUCACCACCAGGGGGCGAGACGGCACCAAUGGAUGAGGUAAAGACUCAUUCUGAGAAAUCAUUGCAAGGCCAAAACUGAACUGAACUUUUUUAAAGAAGACGUGGCACGUGAAUUCCACCAGAAGACAGCGAGGGAAGGAACAUUUUAAUAUCACGUUAUGAUGAAGACGAGAAAACUGUAAACUUUCCUGGGUUGCUGUGAUGUGGCGAAACCAAACCACAAUCACAAUUGUUGUGAAGCUGAAGAGUUUCUCUGGAGACAAGAGCAGUCUGGAUAUCAACGCAUGGCACCGGCACAGUUUUCACCCAUGGAGACACGAAAAAAAAAUAUUUGUAUUAAUACACACCAAAAAAAAAUGAAAUAAAUAAAUCUGUUGAUACUGAAAAUAGGAGAAAACUUCGGAGACUGUGAAAAUAAGUAAAUAUGUAAAUGAAGAAGAAAACGGGUGUAAAUAGCAACGACUGUAUAACGUGCUUGCUUUUUUUCAACGUGUACAUAGCAGGUAGUGAUGAGAUGUUUUUGUAAUUACAUUUAAUGAUUUUAUUCACGGCAAUAAUGAAAAAAGAUGAAAAGGGAGUGUUGGUAAAAAUGUCUGAAUUGACCGAUUCCACCCGUCACAGAGGCGAUAAUUCAGAUAUUCCACAAAGAAUGUUCCAUAGCUUCGACCCCAAACUUUCAAAUGUUUUUUUUUUUUUCCUCAUGUCAUUCUUUGAAAUGUCAUUUGAGGAGAAACGUUUGUGGCGUGUUUCCUUUUGCAUUAAAUCUGAGCCGCUAUGAUUUAAACACUGUGGAUCUUCAGGUGACUGAUGUUCUCUCUCACGCGCACUGUGACCGGAUACCAGAAACCAGCUGAAAGACUUCAGCUCACUUCAAAUAUGACAUUUGGUUUCAACUGUUCGAUCUUUAGUUUGAUUCCUUUUCUAUUUUGUUUUGUUUUACUUUGUUUUUUUAAUAAAAAUUUAUUUUAAA